AUGACCACAUCUCACAGACCUCUGGAAGCUCAAGCGAACGCACAGAGGGACCCUUCCAAGUUCCCGCCCGGAGGUCUUCCCCAUCCGUGUCAGUGUCUCACGGCACAGCAAUUGGUUCAGAUGGAUCCCGAGCGGUCGGAACAAGAGAGACGCCAAGUCGGCGAUGAAUGGAUACUCAACGGCCCGCCCAAUGGAGACCAGCCAGACAACGCUUUCGGCGCCCGGCAUGAUGGGAUGUUGAAGACUCCAAGUCGCCAGUCGCCAGUCGCCAGUCAGCCAGACACGGCCUACGGAGGCCGAAGUGAACGCCAGAACGGCCACCCGCGGAGAAGGAGAUGCCAGGGAUCAUGGCAACACGGGAUUCGGCUUCAUCCGUACCGUUUGCGCGACAACGAAAGAGAGUUUGCGUUCGACCUGCACCAGGUACAGUCCCUGCAGGGAAAAGGACGGUCUGGCCUGCCACGUCUAGCUCGACUGGUCCAAGUCUCCAGACUCCAAGAGGCUAUCGUAGCCGAUCCAAAGUACGAACAGGCCCCAGCGCGUGCCGCCGCCGCCGCGGCGCCGCGUAGCGUGGCGCCAAUCGCAUACAGAAGAAUUCUCGCUGAUAUUCUGGUCGCUUCAUCCUUUGCACCUGCAUACCGGAGCUUCACUUUAUAUCACUUACAUUUUGCCGAGUGCGACACCUACGCUGUAUACCGUACCGAAAACUCGGCACAUUGCAUGACUGCGUAG